AUGGAUGAUUUCGCAGUUCCUGCAAGCCAAAUACUUUUGGAUUAUGGCCUUCGCCUUAUAAUUAUGUUGGUAGGUCAUUUUCAUAUACUAGUGUUCCAAACAGACAAACCUGAAAUAAAAAUUGUUGAAUUGAAUAAUAGACGAGUAAGCUUGAACCGCUCUCAAGUUGAUCUGAGCUGUUUGGAACAGCUGCCCACACCUGGAAAGAGGCCUCUGUCAUCGACAGUUCCAACAAUAGUUGACAAUGAAGAAGUUGAAUUGGAAUUAGUACUUGGCGGUGCUGACUAA